AGUGAGUAACGUCCGUGUUUACUCCACCUAUCGGCGCGGUUUACUGCGAUUCACCCGCUUUGAGACCCGGUGAGCCUGAUGGAUUUACGCCCGGACUCGGUCACACACCGGCGGCUUUCAUUCUGCGCUCGGACCGCGUACCGAGUUAAAUGACAGGGACUGCGUGUGCUCGCCGCGACGAGGGUCUGUCACUUUUCCGAUCUGCUGCGAAAAUGACCUUUGCGUGGAUCAAAACAGACGGAAAGUUGGACGGAGGAAGUUGAAGUAAAGUGAAUAUAUUAGCCAGCAGCGCUAGCGGCGGUGCUCAAACGACACUUGCUUAAUAUUUACGUGCCGUUUGAUUCCAUAAAGUGCGGAAGUAAACGUGUAAAUAGUGUUUUAUACGGUUUUUGCGUCACCCCGCUGUUUGUUUCCAAGUUAGUGCUUUUAAGUUUAUUAGCUUGACUUGCUAGCUGUCAUUUGAACUACCUAGAACAUGUUGUUCAUUUACCACUUUCGGUGUGUUUUACGUUAGUUCGCUUGAUAAACGUUUAACGCUUUUAACCUCAUCGUGUAAACGAACAAUUUCCCACAGAAGUCGUUCAGAGGCGAUCUGUCAUAAGUGUCAACCGUCUCAGAUGUUUCUACUGAAAGUCCUUAGCAGAAACAAAUACAGUCACAAAUGAGACUGCUGGCACACGGUUACAGGCCUUAAUGUUCAUGGCAUUGGCUCGGAUUGUUUAUUAAAAUUAAUAAUAUCUCAGUUUGUUUCUCUUGUGAAACUUAAAGGAGACACUUGUAAGAUUGCGGGGUCAAUCUUCAACAGAAUUACGCACAGCUCUCCAGUUUGCUCCAUUUAAUCUCAUUGCUGUUUCUUAAACAUUUGAGAUAUGCUGUCAUUUUGCUCAAAUCGCGUUUAUAUUAGUUUACACGAACAGACGUCCAUAUAGCUGUGUACAGUAGCGACCUGCAUUUCGAUAACUUGCAUUUUGAAUAAUCUCGGUAUUGAUAAGCUACGAAGAAAAAUGGCUGUGUACUCAAAACUGCCCUCCGAGCUGAAGAAACCCCUUGUGAGAAACGCCGUUGUCCUUCUUGUCGCGCUGUAUGGGGCCAAAAAACUUUCCCCUUACGUAUGUGGCAAGCUCAAGCGAAGUACUAGUAAACAGGUCAAGGCCGCUGACCCGGUUAGCGCCGGUGAAGAACCCCAAGAAGUGGAAGCUGCGAAGAAAAAGAAAAGCUCCCCGGCUGUGAACCGCGAGUUCUUCGAGAGGUUGCUUCGUCUCUUGAAAAUCCUCUUUCCUCGGCUUUUCUGCAAAGAACUCUGCCUGCUCGGUUUCCACUCUCUAGCUCUCAUUUCACGCACCUUUCUCUCCAUCUAUGUGGCCAAUUUGGAUGGGCAAAUAGUGAAAACCAUUGUGAAGAAAGACCCCAGGGCGUUUGUGGUUGAGUUAACCAAAUGGCUGCUCAUCGCCAUUCCCGCCACCUUCGUGAACAGCGCCAUCCGUUACCUGGAAGGUCAGCUGACCCUCGCCUUUCGCACCCGGUUGGUCACCCAUGCCUACAUGAUGUAUUUCAGCGAUCAGACGUAUUACCGCGUAAGCAACAUGGACGGCAGGCUGGCGAACCCCGAUCAGUCUUUGACCGAAGAUGUGGUGAUGUUCGCUGGCUCUGUGGCUCAUCUGUACUCCAAUCUGACCAAGCCUAUCCUCGACGUAGUGGUGACCUGUUACACGCUCAUUAAAACGGCCGAGUCAAAAGGCGCCAACACCACUUGGCCCUCCAUCAUAGCUGGCUUCGUGGUGGCACUUACUGCCAAGAUACUGAGAGCGUUCUCGCCCCGCUUUGGGAAGCUGGUGGCCGAAGAAGCCAGGAGGAAAGGAGACCUGAGGUACAUGCAUUCGCGCAUCAUCGCCAAUUCAGAGGAGAUUGCCUUCUACGGAGGACAUAAGAUCGAGAUGCUGCAGCUGCAGCGGAGCUACACGGCGCUGUCCGGACAGAUUAACCUGAUCCUGUUCAAGAGGCUGUGGUAUGUCAUGCUGGAACAGUUCCUGAUGAAAUAUCUCUGGAGCGCAUCGGGCCUGGUCAUGGUCGCUGUGCCCAUCAUCACUGCCACCGGAUACUCUAAAUACGAUUCAGAGGAUGUAAAACAGGCAGCCCUGGGGAUGAAGGAGGAGGACUUGGUGAGUGAACGCACACAGGCCUUCACCACGGCCCGGAACCUUCUGAACGCUGCAGCUGAUGCAGUGGAGAGGAUCAUGGUCUCCUACAAAGAGGUCACAGAACUGGCUGGAUAUACGGCUCGUGUAUAUGAGAUGUUCGAGGUGUUUGAGGACGUGCGUGUCGGAGUGUACCGUCGUUCAGCCUUAGAGGUGAAACCAGAAGAGACCGGGGCCACCGGGAAGAUAAAACAUGGCAUGAGAGUGGAGGGGCCGCUCCAGAUCAGAGGUAAGGUGAUUGAUGUGGAACAGGGCAUCAAAUGUGAAAACCUGCCCAUAAUAACUCCUACAGGGGACGUGGUGGUUUCAAGCCUGAACAUAAAGGUCGAUGAAGGCAUGCAUCUGCUGAUCACGGGCCCCAACGGUUGUGGAAAAAGCUCUCUGUUCAGAAUCCUGAGCGGCCUCUGGCCCGUCUACAGCGGAGUGCUUUACAAGCCAUCACCCGAGCACAUGUUUUACAUACCUCAAAGGCCUUAUAUGUCGGUGGGAACGCUUCGAGAUCAGGUCAUCUAUCCUCACUCUGUUCAGGAGAUGCAGGAGAAAGACAUCACUGACCAGCAGCUGGAGGACAUCCUCAAAACUGUGAACCUCUGCUACAUCCUGGAGAGAGAAGGAGGUUGGGAUGCACUGAGCGACUGGAAGGAUGUGUUGUCUGGAGGAGAGAAGCAGAGGAUGGGCAUGGCCAGGAUGUUUUACCAUAAGCCUCAAUACGCCCUCCUGGAUGAGUGCACAAGUGCUGUGAGUAUUGAUGUGGAGGGCAAAAUCUUUGAAGCUGCAAAGGAUGCUGGGAUUGCGCUUCUCUCUAUCACACACCGGCCUUCUCUCUGGAAGUACCACUCCCACCUGCUGCAGUUUGACGGCGAGGGCGGCUGGCGCUUCGAAAAGCUGGACGCCUCCACGCGUAUUUCCCUGCAGGACGAGAAGCUCCGGCUGGAGACCCAACUCUCGGGAAUUCCCAAGAUGCAGCAGCGGUUGGCAGAGCUGUGCCGUAUUCUGGGGGAGGACAGCAGUCUGCCGAACCCUGGGGAAGUGGAGGAGGACGACGGGAUGGAGUUAGAGAGGGAACAACAGAAGGAGGGGGAGGAGAACGAGAGAGAUGCGCUAUCUGGUGAAAAAGAGAAAGACCUCAUGGAGUGAUUUGCAGACAGAUGACGGAUGUGUUCAAGGCCAGUGCUCGAGACUGGGUGUGUGUUGGAGGGGGUGGGAGACAGCUGCCAACUCCACCAGGUGCGGUCGAUGAUGAAAGCACCUACGAAAGCUGUUCCUCUUGCUCGUUAUCGCCGUUCUCUGAAGAAUUCUCUGGAAAUCUGCGGGACCCAGGCGGCGCGUGCGGCUGUGCGUUUGUCUUCAGGGAGAGGGCGACAGUCGAGUUUGGGCUCUGCUGUUUCGUAUCGGUUCACCGGUGGUAUUUUCCAACUUCUAAAGAGCCGCCGUGAAUGCUGUAUCUCAAAUCCGUGCCAUGUUUUACCACAAAAUCAAAAAGGAGAAACUUGUCCGCGGUGCAGAUGAUAAGUUUCUUUGUUUUUUAUCUAAUGCUCAAUAGAUGUUUGAAUGGUGACCACAUUCAAACGCACACGUAUACGGGAACAUCUUAAUAGGAUGUUGUGAACAUCUUUACGAUUGUGUUUAAGAAGAAAUAACUCAUUUUAAAAUGUAGCUUUUAUUCUUUGAACAGUCGGCAAGAAACUGUGGAAGCUUGUUUGCACCACAGGAUAAAAAAAAAAAAUAAUUGCACAUUUUUAUUGUAGAAUUCUGAAUUGUUUUCUUGCUGUUAUGAAAAGACAGAAACAUUUCUAGGCGGAACGGUCAGAAUUGCUGGACGUAAACUCAAUUCUGGAA